AAAGCCAUGGAGGUGUAAAAUUCGGAGAAAAAUGCUUGUAUUUACAAUAUUGCAAAAUUCAUUGAAAUUCAUUGAUUGAUCAUAACUAUUUUCAUAUUUCCAUAUCUAAAAACCCUGAUACAGCGUUAUGAUCCACAUUACCAUGGGCUCCAAAUGUGUUCUCUCUUGCAGGAAAGCGCCCCUGACGGUCGUCGAGGCAGGCGUGGUCUGUGAUGGCACAACACUGCUGUCGUGAAGAGUAGAACGAUCUCCGUGCUGUCGGUGAAUUAACAGCUCUCUGUCAACAGAUCUGAGCAGGUGGAUCAAAUUGCACAAAUCACUAUUAUCUCACUUGGAGGCAAGAACAAUAUGUCGGGUAUAACCAGCAUGUUCAGCCUCAGUGGACGUCUGUACCGAGUUGACCAGGUUCCGGGACAGUUUCGGGAACUCUUCAUCCUCAGUGGCUACCGUCACCCAAAGAGCUCCGCCAAACAGUGCAUCCUCAGCGCCUUUGACGUAACCAACGAAACGCUCAACAUAUGGACCCACUUCCUGCCCGCGGUAUAUUUUGCCUGGUGGUUCGUGGAGUUGGCACAAGAACAUGACUUUGUUAAUGAUCCGUACACGUGGCCUUUGCUCGUGUUCACGUUUUCUAGUAUGGGUUAUCUCUUGGCUAGCGCCAUUGCACACACUUUUAACACAAUGUCAAAUAAAGCACGCCAUAUAUUCUUUUUCCUGGAUUAUGCAGCCUUGAGUAAUUACAGCCUCGGAGCCGCCAUUGCGUUUCGGGCGUAUUGUUUUCCUGAGGUGCUGCGUAACAUGACAUUUUACUCUGAUUGGUACGUCAGGGCAGCCAUUUUUAACUCCGUUGGCUGCACUGUGUUAUCAUGCCAGUCGCGAUUUAUGGCUCCUGGAAAAUUGCGUAAAGUGUGUCGUUUGGGGGCAUUUGUGAUUCCUUUCUCUUUUGAUGUUGUGCCUCUGGUGUACAGGAUGGUGUUUGCUGGCGAUGAAAUGCUCGUAGACAGGGCGUACAUGUACCACACACGUCAGCUCUUCUUCGCCUUCCUCGCUGGUUUGCUGUAUGCAUCUCACAUGCCAGAACGACUUCUCCCAGGAAAAUUCGACUACGUUGGUCAUAGCCAUCAACUCUUCCAUAUUGCUGGGGUCCUCGGCAACUGCAGUCAGAUGACCGCCAUUUUGUACGACAUGUUGGACAGAAAAGACAUCUUGGUCAGGGAAGAUCGCCUGUUGCCAUGGUCGUACACAGUGGUUACCAUGGGAGUUGUUACCAUGGUGAAUCUGAUAACAAUAUUUGUGUUUUCCACAUACCUGACAAAGGAUAGGCUAAAGUUGAUGUCAGAUGACAAACCAUGUAAUAAAUGCCACUGAUCAGGGCCAGCUAAGUUGAGGAAGUGAAAGAGUUAGUGACUCAGCACAUUGUGAGAAUAGGAAAAACUUUCAGUAUUGCUGAAUGGGAUUUUCCUAACAGUCAGAGAUGACAACAGUGAAAGGAUCUGCAUAAGAGUGACUACCCCUGCUUGAAACUUAUGUAUAUAAUACAGACUGAAUAGUAGAGGUUUGCUCUUCUAUGAAUAGUGCAUGGGCUACCGUACACCCCUUCACCCUGUAGCGUUUUUCAUAGAAUAAGCUAAUACUGCAUAGCUAUAUAUUUAUAUGCCAUGGACUGUAACUUCUGUAUGGCAGCUAGUGUGUUAGAUGAGUGUCGUGGCAAAGUGUUCGGGAAAGGAGUGAAAUUUUGGAUAUAUGCCUUUUUUUCUACAUGUAGCCAUAAAUAUAUCUUUGAGGAUGAUAUAGUGAAAGAGGAGGCAGUUUUUUUUUUUUUUUUUUUUUUUUUUUUUUCAGGUAUGAGAGUUAAAUGAAUGUCUGUGAUCAUGUUAUGCAUGCACUUGUGUUAGAUAUGACAUUGUGUUGCAUGUGACGUAAUUGGGCAUGCAGUUGUGUUAGUUGAGAUGGCGAGUUCUCUGUGAUUGCGUUACACCCAUAAUCAUUUUAGGUGUGAUAUUGUAUGUAAAUAAAGUAUGUUAGAUUUGUCUGAGAUGUGCCACUGGGUGCCAUUGUUUGGUAAACCCUGGGGUUUUGUUCCAGCUGUAGGUAGAUAAUCUUGUUUUCCUACAUACCCCUGUGACCUGAUGAUCUAGAAUGGAUUAGUACUAGUAUACAAUUUUUGUACUGGAAUACAGGGUAGUGUGUUAGGGGUGUAUGUUGAAAUUGGCUGUGCCUUAUGCUUCUUAGGAACGGUAGCAACAAUCAUAGUGUGUAAAAAACAUGCCAGUUGUAAACACUCAUGUGAAUUUUAUAUUGAAGUUUACCAAAACCAUUCAUAUUACUUUUGAGAGAUGCCUUAAUGGGUGCAAAACACUCAAAACCUCAUUUGCUCAGCAACAGUCUUCAGCAAUUUGUCUUCUUGAUCAAGGCAGUUGUGAGAUACCUUUAUAUACAUUUAUAUUUGCACACAGUUACCUUAUAUUGCGUAGUCAUAUUCCUGGUCAUUUUGAAGAGAGUUUUAAUUCUCAAUAUGUAAAAAAAAACAGUUCCGUAGUUUCGUAAUCCUGUAUUUUGCUAGGUGGUAGGAUUGUAAAAUCAUGAUUUAUUGGAGGUUAUUUCUCCAUUUAACCAAAAACAAAACCUUAUAUUGGCUGAUUGGCUGUAGGCCUUUUGCAGUUAGAUGCUGCCAUGCUGAUGUCUUUUGUUUACUGAAGAACUUGCUGUCUAGUAGAUAAAAAAAGUGCUGAAGAACAAGCUCUUCAGUAAGCAAAGGAAAUCAACAGGGUUAUAUCUAGCUGCAAGAGUCCUAUAGGUCCUCACCAAUGGUAAUGGGAGACAAUUAAAAAGGGUUAAAACACUAAACUGUAUUGAUGUGCCUGAGGGAGAAAGGUGUGCUGUUUAUCUGUGAUUUUUAUAAAGAAAGGAAUCUUAUUUUUACAGUGAAGAACGUUGUACAUAUACAUAUAGUUUGCUGUUACUGUUUGCAGUAUAUUAUGACACCCAGUGAAAGAGAGUUAAUACUUAAUGUAAUAGCCAUUGUUAUAUGCUGUAAUUGGGGACUAUUUCUCAUCUAGAGGCUGUAAUCUUUUUUUUAAUUCAUGAUUUUUUUUUUUUUUUUUUUUUUUUUUGUAUGAAUGAUUAAUUUGAAAAUCUCUAUGUAUUGGCAACAGCGCAAGUUUGGAUGUAAAGCCAAAAUGUAAUAUGUGCUUGCAUUGCUUUUCUGUACAAGUAUGUAUUUAUGUCUUUCCAAGAUUUGUUAUGAUUUGUAUGUAAGUUUGUUAUAUGUAGAAGUAGAAGCAAUAUAAGACUUAGACUGUAGACAUGUUAUCUCAAAACACAGAAAUAUUAUUGGCGUUUGCACAGGGAUGUCCUAAGAUACAGUGUAUCAUACCAUCUACACGUACAUACAUUAAUACAUUAAUACCUAACAGAGUUGGUUUUUCAGAUAGUUGAGAUAUAUUUCAAACAUUUUUGUAUGGCAUAUACACAUGUAUCUAUCAGAUCAAUGGAAUUUUUAAUUUUGAUAGCAGAUUUAUUUAUGCCUUGUUCUCUGUUGUACAUGUAUUUUGCUUUCAACCAUCGUGCCUGUAGGUUGGGAUAUAUGUUAGCGUUUGUUUGUCUGUUUAGAAGGCUUAGAAACAGUUCAGUGAUCACAAUGCAAUGUAAAUUAAUUUAUAACAAGCGGUAGAUCGCGUGUCGCUUUUUAAAGACAAAAUCAGAAUGGUGGCGGCAAAUGCGUUACUUCAAAAUCCACUUAUACUUGAACAUAAAGGUUGCAUGUUGCGCUCAAUAUUAAUUGAUAA